AAGUGACUGAAGUGAUUUAAUGCGCAGUUUGAACCUGAAAUUCAAAACACAUCUUUAUGUCCUGAUCGCAGGGAAUACUUAAAUAAACACUUCAGUGAUUUUCAAUUAGGAUGUUAUCGUGACAGUAACAGUCAUAAAAAUUUUACUUAUGAAACACAGAAGAAAGCAUAUGUAAUGGAUGCAUGUACUUGUAGACUUCAUUAAAGAUUGGAUGUUAUCAUACAUUAUUGAACAGUGCAUGAUCGUCUUAUUGGAACAGAACAAAUUCGAUGCACUUAAAUGUGUUGCCUUAAUGUUGAUAUGAAUUUGAAUGUUUAUCAAUGCUGUCAUUCAAGCAUUCAUACUUUUAAGUACUUCUUGGAAACUCCAGGACAGCAUUUGCAAUAGGUACCAAAUUGGACAUACAAGGGCUAUAUCAAGAUAUGAUUACAUGUCUUAAACUAACCUAUCAUUGAACCAUUCACGCUAAGUCUUUGAGGAAGUAGUUCGCGGAAAUUCUGGAAAUUUUGUGACAGGAUUUACAAUUGUGAAUAACAGGACAAUAAAGGACACUGCAGUUCCAGUUAUAGCACAAACAUGAAAAUACUUCAUAUAUUCUUGCUGUUAGCAGCUUUUAUAGGUGAGUGUGUAUUGAUGAUAGAUGGAACAUCUGUGGAGGUGCGUCAAUGUCGCUCAUCUUCAUGGUGGGAUUUGAUCUUCAACAACCACAUACAUAUAGACUGCCCCACUGGGAAAGUUAUUGACAUUAAAAGUGCAGUUGCGAGCCCACCAUCACAUAGAUGUGGCUCAGGAUAUCAAAAGAGUAUAACCUCUGAUGUCAUGGAGGAAUGUAAUGCAAAACACUCCUGUUUAUGGCGUUUAAAAAGAUAUAGGAUCUCUGGAUGUAGCAGGCUGACAUGCCAUACUGUAAAUUAUGAAUGUGGCACAGCAACAUGCGCCCCCCUAGAAGAUAUCUCAAAUGGAAAUGUGAUGGUAUCAAAUAAUGACCGGAUAGUAGGGACAACUGCUACAUAUACGUGUGAUGUUAAAUUCUUGAUCCACGGGGAUGCAAUACGUCAUUGCGGAUGGGAUGAUAACUAUCACCGAUAUAGAUGGCUGGGUCACCCACCAUCUUGUUAUGUCGACAGGACACUUUGUCCCCAUACAACAAAUACAAUGUAUGUUAUUGGUCCUAUGUGUUAUGAGUUCCAUGAUGAGCAACAAUACAGCUAUACUGAAGCUGAACAGAAAUGUUUGGAGAAACAUGGCAGCAUGGCAAUGGUUAUCAACAAUGACAUAUGGAGUCUGGUAGUACAACAUGCAAAAUUGCAAUGGAAUAUUCACCAUGUCCAGAACACAUACUGGUUUAAAACUGAUGAAGACUAUAUUGGUAGUUGGUACUAUGAGGCUGGUAGUUGCUUUUACUUAUUUAUUACCACACGUUAUUAUGGCCAAUACUUUAAUUGGGGUUGGUCGAAGAACUGUGACCAUCGAGGUGGUCACAUUUGUCAGUAUGAACCCAUAGUGGCUACAUCCUGUGACCCAUUAGAGGUGCCAGAGAAUGGUUGGAUGUCUGGGUCUAGCAGGGCAAUUGGAGCUGAGAUCACACUAUCUUGCAAUGAUGGAUAUACACCUUCAAAUAAGAACCGUACUACAUUUAUUCGCCAAUGUCUCCCCAGUGGACUGUGGGAUGGGGUACAUCCUGAUUGCCAAGAGGUUGAUUGUGGUAAUCCAACUGGUGGUGAGAAUGUGAAGAUAAUGCUUCCAAAUAAUGCAACAACAUUUGGGUCAAUGGCUCAGUUUGGUUGUAUGGAAGGCUUCAGUCAUGCAUUGGCAAAUGAUGACGAUGAUGUUUAUCUUGAAGCUAUUUGUCAGAAAGAUGGCCUAUGGAGUCUUAAUCCACCAGUUUGUACAGAGAUAGUGUCUACUAGAUCCUUGCCACGCACUGAGUCAGAAACCAAGCCAAUUACUUCACAUAGAACAACUUAUGUUACAACGCCUGAAACAACAGAUGUCACAAGGCCUGAAACAACAGUUGUCACUAGGCCUCAAACAACAGAUGUCAC